AUGGUGUUCUUUGGCCUCGGCGGCCUCUUCUACGUCGCCGUCCUCCUCAUAAACGCCAUAGCCAUCCUCUCCGAAGACCGCUUCCUCGCGCGCAUCGGCUGGACGGCGUCGGCAGAACCCGCGGGUUUUGGUGGCCCGCGCGACGACGCGAGUGUUAAGGCGCGGUUGAUUAAUUUGGUGUCUUCUGUGAGGACGGUUAUGCGCAUACCGCUUAUUCCGAUUAAUUUUCUUAUGAUUAUGUAUUUGCUUGUUUUGGGUUGA